AUGGGUGAUAAAAAAAUUUCUGGAAAAGUUUGUGCUGUUACUGGUGGCGCUAGUGGAAUUGGCUUAUGUUUUGUUAACCGGCUAUUAGAACAUGGUGCACAGAAAGUGUACAUAUUAGAUUUCAAUGUGAUUACCGGUGUUAAAGCGGAACAGCAAUUACAAGAAAAAUAUGGUGUAUCUCGUGUGAAAUUCAUACAAACUAACGUAAUUAAAGAAGACAUGUUAAAAGAAAUUUUUGAUCAAAUCAUUGCUGAAUGUCAACGUUUGGACAUUCUAAUGAAUAAUGCUGGAACUCCUUUCACUAAGCUGCUGAUUUCUGUUAACUUGAUGGGUGCAUACCACUGUUUAGAUUUAGCAGUUAAACACAUGUCAAAAGCAAAUGGUGGUUCAGGAGGUGUUAUCAUUAAUACGGCAUCAAAUUUGGGAUUGGUUGGCUGUUACACUAGUCCAUUAUAUUCAGCUUCUAAGCACGGUGUAAUUGGAAUUACAAGAUCAUAUGGACUCACAGAAAACAUUUUCUUUCAGCAUCCAUGUUUUUAUGAAGAAUCAGGAAUACGAGUAAUGGCAAUAUGUCCAAGCUCCACUCAAACACCACUAUUAGACUGUGCAAAAACAAAUCCUGAUUUAAAAGGAGAUAUGGAAGGUGAAUUGAAAGAGGCACAAUCACCCGAAAACGUAGCAAAUUGCAUGUUAUUAGCAUUGAAUGAAGGUGAACCAGGUUCUAUAUUUGUAUCGGAAUUCGAUGGGGAUGGGUAUGAGAAUGCCAAUCCUAUGGAUGGAAUUGAAGUUGGGCGAACAUUAUCAGAUUGCCGACUUCUUAAAGGUCCAAAUCUUCAAGAAAAAAAUUUAAUGAAUCAAGCUGUGCAAAAUGGAAUGUUCACAAAUGAUUUAGACUUCCGUAUUGUAUGCCAUGGGACUGAAUUUCAUAAACGGCAAUUAUUAUUUGCAGAAAUUUUGACAGGCAAAUAA